AUGGCAUUCGCUCCGAAGCCGUUUUGUGCUACAGUGAUGAUUUUGUUACCUGGUGCAAGGUUUCGUUGGCCUUCUCUUGUAGUCCGAAUGAAUCAACCAUGGCAUUUUGAUGAGUGGAAAGCAAACAGAGCUUACAGUCAAAUGCCAGAAUUGAGAAUUUUGGCGGCAGAUGGAAUGUGGAAUUCUGGCUUAGCACAGCCAUUUGGUCCUUCCGAUAAACCGCCCAAGCGUCGACGAAGAAAUCUCAAGGCAGAGACAAUUCAAACGCCACCAGUUCGUCGAUCAGAUCGAAUCAAGUCCAUGGAGACAAAACAAUAUCUCGACGACUGGAUAAAUGCAAAGAAAAUGCUCUCAUUCAAGACCUUACUUUACAAAGGAGCCGUGGACUUUGGAUUCCGCGUUGCGUCGUACAAUGUACCACUCUAG